AUGGGUGCUGUGAUCAAGCUCGUAGACGCAAUACUCUUCUUCUUCUUCUUGCUCAUAGCUGUGGUAGCUCCGCUCUUUGACGCCCAGAGUUGCCUCCCUCGAGACCUCUACCCGGAUUAUCUCGUCGACCUCAACACCUGGUAUAGCCGCGAGUACGGCGAUUACUUGAUCUCUGAGAAGCCCAACUUCUUCGUCGGCCUUGUCUGGCUCGAGCUUCUCUUCUUGUGGCCUCUUUCCAUCGCCAAUCUCUACGGCAUUGUCGCCGGAAAGUCUUGGCUUAGAACCACCAGCUUGAUCUAUGGCGUUUCCAUUUCCACUUCCAUGGUUGCCAUCCUAUCAGAAUUGAAGGGAUCCGGUAAAGCACCAGAUAAACUGUUGAUGGUGUACUACCCUUUCCUGGGUUUAUCUGUUUUAGCUAUUUUGCGUGGUCUGCUACCACGUUCUGGGAAUACUCCUGCAAUUGGCACUAGACCUGCACUGAUUAGGAAAAAGAAGGCUUGA